AUGGUGAGAGGGGGCUGGGCAUCUGCAGUGCGGGUGGAGGGAUUGUUGGAUCCAGAAGGAGCAGUGGGCCGGGAGCCCCUGACCUUUGAGGAUGUUGCUGUGAGCUUCACACUGGAAGAAUGGGGCUGUUUGGAUCCUUCCCAAAUGAACCUCUACCUAGAAGUGAUGCGUGAAACCUACAGCAACCUGUCUUACAUAGGUAAAUAUGAAGAGAAUGAAAAUAUUGAAGAGGACUUCGGGAAUCCCAGAAGAAAUAUGAGGCAUGAAAGAACUCACACUGGAGAGAAACCCUUUGGAUGUAAGCAAUGUGGGAAAGUGUUUACUCAUGCAUGUUACCUUCGUUAUCACGAAAGAACUCACACGGGAGAGAAACCCUACGGAUGUAAGCAAUGUGGGAAAGUCUUUAAUCAAGCCAGUCACCUUCAAAGACAUGAAAGAACUCACACUGGAGGAAAACCCUAUGAAUGUAAGCAAUGUGGGAAAGCCUACACUGAUUCAAGUACCCUUCGUAUUCAUGAAAGAACUCACACUGGAGAGAAACCCUAUGGAUGUAAGCAAUGUGGGAAAGCCUACACUUUUUCCAGUAACCUUCGUAUUCAUGAAAGAACUCACACUGGAGAGAAACCUUAUCAAUGUAAGCAAUGUGGGGAAGCCUACAAUUUUUCCCGUGCCCUUCGUAUUCAUGAAAGAACUCACACUGGAGAGAAACCCUAUGCAUGCAAGCAAUGUGGGAAAGCCUACACUUUAUCCAGUACCCUUCGUAUUCAUGAACGAACUCACACUGGAGAGAAACCCUAUGGAUGUAAGAAAUGUGGGAAAGCCUUUAAUCAACCCAAUCACCUUCAAAGACAUGAAAGAAUUCACACUGGAGAAAAACCCUAUGGAUGUAAGCAAUGUGGGAAAGCCUAUAGUGAUUCAACUACCCUUCGUAAUCAUGAAAGAACUCAUACUGGAGAGAAACCCUAUGAAUGUAAGCAAUGUGGGAAAACCUACACUUUUUCUAGUACCCUUCGCAAUCAUGAAAGAACUCACACUGUAGAGAAACCCUAUAGAUGUAACAAAUGUGGGAAAUUUUUCAAUCGUGUAUUUAACCUUCGUAUUCAUGAAAGAACUCACAGUGGAGAAAAACCAUAUGGAUGUAAGCAUUGUGGGAAAGCCUUUAUUCAAGCCAGUUAUCUUCAAAGGCAUGAAAGAACUCACACUGGAGAAAGACACAAUGUGUGUAAACAAUGUGGGAAAGCCUAUUCUACAGCCAGUUACCUUCGAAUUCAUGAAAGAACUCACACUGGAGAGAAACCCUAUGCAUGUAAGCAAUGUGGGAAAGCCUACACUUUUUCCAGUACCCUUCAUAUUCAUGAAAGAACUCACACUGGAGAGAAACCCUAUGGAUGUAAGAAAUAUGGGAAAGCCUUCACUCAAUGCCUUUACUCGUUCCAGUCACCAUCAGAGACAUAG